AUGCUGCCAGUUCUGCUGCGUCGCCGGGCCGCAAUGAGGGCGAGGACGUUCCUUUUGUACUCGGUGCUCUGCAUGCUGGUGAUGGUCGCCGCGGCCCUCCUCAUCAGCGAUGCAGAAGUCAACUCCCGCACACGAUUGGGCAUUGACGCUUCCCAUGGCGAGGUGAGUCACCUCUUGCCCGGGGGAAAUGAGCAGGAGGUGCUCGGUCACAUCCCACUGAGCGUCAGGCAAAUCUGGCGUGAGCGGCGCUUCCCGAUUGUUCUCGGGGUACCAUCUGUGGACAGUCCACCGCACAGAACACGUCGUGACCUGCAGCGUUCAUCGUGGCUGCGCUACGUUGGGGUUGCCACGCGUGCGAAUAAUUUUACAGGGGAAAUGUUGGUGUUAUUUGCUCUUGGGCGUCAUUUCUCACACGGUUAUGUGUACUCGCAGGCAGCGCGGGAUGAGGCCUCGCGGUCACAUGAUGUGUUGAUGUUCGACAUGAAUGACGGCCGCCCCACGACAAACAAGCGCAUUGGUGGUAGUGGGCAUUGGGGAUUUGCUGCAGAAGUAGGCACAAGCCGCAAAUCUAUGAUGUGGUACGCCACAGCACUCCGCCUUUUUUCUCACGCAAUCUACAUUGCCAAGGCGGAUGAUGAUGUGUUUAUUCGUGUGCCACAGUUUCUGGCCGAUCUACACCCAUUGCCUCGUCUUGGGGUGUACUGGGGAAGAGUGAUGCGAUGGAUGCCUAAAAAAGGAAACCCCACAGAAAUGUUUUACUUCGUGGGCGGCAUGUGCAUCACUAUGGCGAGAGAUGUGGUGGAGCACAUCACUUCAUUCACGCCACUGCGGAGUGUCUUAGAUUCCUUCGGGAAUUUCCACAGUAAGGAGGAAUUUGAUUUGCUCCAUUCCUUGAAUGCUGAGCACGAGGAUUUGAUGUUGGGUCGGAUCCUCUACGAGACACGCCAUCCUAACAUCACCCUUGUUUUUGAAAAUACAUGCCGCUUCCAUGACAUUCACGUGGGAGGCAAUAAGGCACCUCUCACCUCUCGCUCCGUCGUGGUGCACCACCUAAAGGAAGAGGAAUACGCGUUUCUUGCAAAACUUUUUCUCAAUGAAAGCGCGGAGAUGGUGAAACCCAUGACGUUUGAUCGCAGUUCAUCCCCUUUUGGGGAAGUGGGGUGGGUAGUAUACAGUUAUCUUUGCUGA